CUUGUAUAAGUUUUGCCAUUUUAUCUCAUGAAUAUUAAAUUUAAACUGGGUAUACAAGUGGGGAGAAGGUAAACAGAAGAAACAACUAGUACUAAUAACGAUUAGUGCCAUUAACAAUUAGGCGUACCGGUAUCUAGAGUAGAAGAAAGUAAGGACAAACUCAUGAAGAGUAUCCAAUAUGGCCAGUACAUGUACAGAUACUGAACCUAAUACUAAAGAGAACACAAAUGAGGUACCGGCUGCUAAUGAUCAUUCAUGGAAAGAUACUAAUGUUAUGACUGACACAGAAAUGGAAGAUAUUUGUAGUUCAGAUGAUGUUCCUGUUACUGAUGAUGAUUCAGAGGAAGAUAAUGAUAGUUUGACUGAUACAGACACUGUGCCUUCUACUACAGAUAGCACAAAUGAGGUACCUGAAGCAAAUGCUCAUUCAGGGAAAGAUAAAAAUGUUAAUAGCAAUACAGAGAUAGAAAGUUCUUCUGCAAACAUUUGUAUCAAAGAUGAGGUGCCUAUUGUUAAUGAUGUAUCAGAGACUGAUCAGAGCAAUGUAUGUUCACAGACAAAUGCAUUGUGUAACAAUAUUCAAGCUCAGAAGGUUGUGAAAUCUGUUAUGGAGACUAGUGAUAUUGAAGAUGGGGGCACACUAGAAAACAUCAAGGAAGAAGAUACUGAGUGUGCAGCAAUGUCAAAUGAACAACAGUGCGAUUAUACAUUAAAAAACAACAAUGUCAGUAAGAAAAGGAGGAAGUCGGCAAAUUCUGACAUAAAAAAGCCGCACAAGUGUAGAUUCUGUUCAAAAUCAUUCAGAAACACAACAUGUAGAAAGAAUCAUGAGAAUUUGCACACAAAUACCAAACCAUACUCCUGUGAUAUCUGCAACAAAUCAUUUCACCAAUCAGGCAAUCUGACCAGUCAUAUGAAGAAGCAUGGAAAGAGAGACACAGUGAAUUGUCCUGUAUGCAAGAAAACGCUGGCCUCAUCAUCGAAUCUUACCCACCAUUUGAGAGUUCAUACAGGAGAAAGACCAUACAAGUGCAAAGAGUGUGGAAAGACAUUUGUACAAAGUGGAGAUCUAGGUCGCCAUUUGAAGAUACAUACUGGUGAAAAGGAGUACGAAUGUGAUGUUUGCAACCAGAGAUUUAUCACAUCCAGCCAACUGAACAACCACAGCACCAUCCACACUGGCGAAAAGAAGUAUGAGUGUGCUAUAUGUCGCAAGAGCUUCAGACUUGUAGGCGUCCUACAUACUCACAUGAAGAUGCACUCAGGAGAGAAGAGAUACCAGUGCACGGUUUGUGAGAAGAAGUUCACACAGAAGGCGCACUUGGUUUCUCACAUGUUGGUUCAUACGAAAGAGAAGCCCCACAAAUGUGAUGUCUGUGGCCAGGCAUUUGCGCAUCCAGCUACUCUGAAAGGUCAUCUGGCAACUCAUACGAAAGAAAGGGACUACUCUUGUGACACAUGUGGAAAAUGUUUUGUAACAAAAUCUGUACUAAACAGUCACAAAAAGACUCAUGAGGAUGUUGGAAAGCCAUUUGUGUGUGAUGUGUGUAGCGCUAGUUUUGCUAGAGCCGCUUACCUUAAGAAACAUAUGACAAUACAUUCUGGGGAGAGAGUCAAACAUGAAUGCAAGCUUUGUAAUGAUUUUUUCACCACUAAGCGUAGUCUCAUGGACCAUCUUAAUUUACACCUUGGAUUUCGACCUCACCAAUGCAACCUGUGUGAAAAAAAGUUCACCACGAAAACCUCACUGACAACGCAUCUGAAGACGCAUAAUAAUGUAAAAAAACAUGACUGUUUGAUUUGUAAAAGGAAGUUUGCAAAUGCUGCUGGCCUUGAGAAGCAUAUGGAAGUGCAUAGUAAGGAUGAAAGAUCAGUUUUAACCAACAUGCAAACUUAAAUGGUCCACAGUAGGGCCACUCCAAAUUGAAUCCAUGCUCAGUGUCAUCUUCAUAUAUAUUAGCCGCAUCACACAAUUUUGGGCUUUAAACAUAUUUUUUACAAAUAAAAUAAUCAGAAAUUAAACUUUGCACAUCAUUUCUAAAAUGCACUUAAUUACGUCAGGUAUGUGACAUCAAAUUUACUAUUCAAAAUGGGCAAAACAUGGUCCCACUUAUAAACAUGUAUUUUAGGCAACACAUUUGAUAUCAUCAUGAAUUUUCAGUAUUACUUUCUAAAAUGUCAUUUCAUCAUAUUUACACAAUAAAAUGACACAAUAAAAUUAUUAUUUUAGCAAAUUUAUGUUUUAAAGCCAAAAAUCUUGCAAUGCGCCUCGUACGUUAAUAAUGUAUUGCUACCUAUGAGGCAUAAAAUAAUUGACAAAUGUCAAGAAAAAAACAAAUGCUUUCCUAAAUGUUUAGAGCUGGGCUAUUCCACAAUGACAAAACUUAAAGGCCUAGUUUAAGGAAUGUUUGGCAUGAUAAUCCCCUGCUGUGCAUCUUCUGCUAAUUGCACUGGUGUCACAGUAGGGGCCGAUUUCCUGUGUAUUCGUUUAUUGGCGCAGGGCCAUUUAGGGUCCAUUUCUAUAAUAAAACCUCCCAAACUGCACAGCAGGGUACUCCGAUCGGAGAUCUGAUAAGAGGGGUCAAUACAAGUAGACACAGAGGUUGUGUACUGUACACAGAUUUUUUUGAUUUUUUUUUUGGGGGGGGGGGGGGCUCUUCUAGAAGGCUUAAACUAGGCCUUUAAGUGUUACAGUUCCAUAAAUCACUAUCAAUGCCAAACAUGCUUGUGGUUCAUAAUGUACUUCUAAACUUUUUUUCAAUCAUUAUUAUACCAGACUUAUAAUUUCGGUUUGUUUUGUAUUUUUUCUAUUGACCAAAAUGUUUUUAAAAUCUUUGGUUUGGAAUGUCAAAGGUAUGCCAGCUAGAUGAUGUUUAACAUAGAAGCAAAUUCUAUUAAAAAUGAUGCAUAAUAAUUAGGGAUGGAAGCGAAAUAUCCGAGUAUCCGGAUAUCCGCACAUUAUUAAUAAUGCAUUAUCAAAUUGUGUUUA